AUGGCAGGUAACAAGAAGAUCAACAAGGCAAAAGCCAGAGCAACAGUCAUCACCACCUACGAGGUUCUAGCUGGCAUGGAUGGUAACCCCAACACUCCUAAGGAGUUCGAUGAGUCUCCCCACACUGAUGAAGAGCUCUUCUUCAAGGCAGAUGAUGAUGCUACCCAAGCCGGCAAGAACAAGGUACUCAUUCUCAACUUCAUCCACCAGGAGUUGCACCAUGGCACUGAGCGCAAGAUCCCCGCAUUGACCGAGAAGGACAACACAAACAUCGAGACUUACCACCGAGUCAACUACGGUGGUGUCGAUCUCGAUGUUUGUGUUUACUGGCCUCCACGUGAGGGUGGUGAAUUCAAGGCUUGCUUUGCAAUGGUCAAGUUCGCCUCCGAUGAUUUGAGUGCUGAGUAUGGCGAGAAUGGUGUUGUCUCUACUGAUGCCGCCUGGAACGCCGACGCCAAGGCAGACAUGUUCACUCUCAAGAAUGACAAGUUGAUGAGCAACUACUGGGCCCCUCGCUGGAAGUACAUCGUCAAUGCCCUCCGUGCUACUGCGUACAACCGAUUCGAGAAGAAUGGCGUCUUUAUCCCUGAACCUGAGCCAGAAGUAGCCACCGAUGACAAGGGUGAUGAUAAUGAGUCGCAAGUGGAGCGCGAGGAACAAAUGGAGGUUUACUGUGGUUCCACUGGAAAGAUCAUCGGUCUCAAGGGCGCCAAGAUUCAAGAGAUUAGAAAGACCAGUGGUGUCACCGAUAUCAAGAUGCCGGCCAAGAACGAAGACGGCCCUCGUCCCAAGGCUCGUGACCCGGUCCACCUCACCAUCAUCGGCAAGGGCCGUGCAAUCAAGACCGCUAGAGACUUGAUCCAGGCUGUGGUCGACGAAUGGGCCAACGCUCCGCGUCCUCCUCGCGAUGGCGGUUUCAACCAAUCCGGUGAUAGUGGCUUCGGUGCAGGCGAUAACUACGGUGGAGGUGACAACUACGGCGGCGGCGGAGGUAACAACUUCGGCAGCGGCGAGAACACCGUCGGUGGUGGUGAUUAGGACACUGGAACUGGUGGUGACAACGGUGGUGGCAACCAGGCUUGGAACUCUGGAGCAGCAAAUAGCGGAGGCUGGUAAAGCGACGGAUGCUUCCAAUGUGCUUCCAUGGCAAAGGCGACUGGCAUGGCCACUUCGGCUGAUGAACUGUCUCUUUUCUUUCUCUGUGGCACAAUGGGUUUCUCCGGCAGUGAUACUUCAUGUCUUUGAUGGUGGUGAUGGACCUGGCGAACUUCCGUGUGGCAACAAUUUCUCUGUUUCGUACUGGGAGAUGGUUCAGCUUGCGGAUGUAUUACGAGUGACGAGUGAUGAGCAAUGAACAAUGGC